AUGGGAAAAAAUCCCAAGGAAUGGGCUGAGGUGGCCGCGGGCUGGGUGUGGAUCCGGAACGUUCCGCAGCGGCGGCACCGCGGAGGCCAUGAGGGCGUUUAUCGCUGCUGGGUGGGGCUGGAGGGGCUGGGAGCCGUGGGGAGCAGCGGGGCCACGGUGAUAAAUCCAGCCCCUCUCCGCUCCCUUUCCCUCCCCACCUCCAUCUCAAUUUUCCAGGGCGAUCCCCUCCUCCUCCCCUGCCAAUUCCAGGCUGACCCAACCCCAAAAAUCCGUUGGCAGAAGGACAGGGAGGAUUUUCCUGCUGGAAAUUCGGAAUUUUCUGACCCAAGAAUGGCCUUGUUGCCCUCGGGGACGUUGCAGAUUUCGGGGGUCAGGAGCGAUGAUGCCGGGAGUUAUCGGUGCUUGGUGAAAUAUUUUGGGAGUUCCAGAGUGGGGAAUGAAAUAGAAGUCAAGGUUUUGGAAGAUCCCGGCGCUCCGCGGCCUCCCCGUUUCCUGCGGCGCCCAACCGACGUCAAGGCCAUGACAGGAAGUGACGUCAUCAUGGAAUGUUCCGCUUCCGGAAAUCCCCAACCCGCCAUCACCUGGUUCCGGGGCGACGACCUCAUCCCUGUCAGCUCCAAGAAAUAUUCCCUUGUUGCCGGGAGCAACCUGCGAAUUUCCGCCGUGACCGAGGGCGAUUCGGGGCCUUACAGCUGCACUUUGGGGUCAGGAUCUGCCAAUGACAGUGGGACUGCUCAGCUCCAAGUGCUGGUUCCACCGUUUUUUUUGACUCGACCUUCGAAUCUUUACGCCUGGGAGAGCUGGGACGUGGAGCUGGAAUGCGCCGUGAGCGGGAAGCCGACGCCGACGGUGCGGUGGUUGAAAAAUGGAGAGGUGGUGAUUCCGGGGGAUUAUUUUCAGAUUGUGGGAGGCAGCAAUUUAAGAAUCCUGGGAUUGGUGAAAUCAGAUGAAGGAUUUUACCAAUGCAUGGCUGAAAAUGAAGCUGGAAAUUCCCAAUCCAUUGCCCAGCUCAUCAUCCUCGAGCCAGAGCUCUCCGACCCUUCCCGCGUCCCCGGCCCCCCUCAGGAAUUGCGGGCCCCGCUCGUCUCCAGCCGCUCCCUUCGUCUCCAAUGGCGCCCGCCCGCCCAGCCCCGAGGCAGCACCGCCCUCCUUUACACAGUGCUUUACUCACGUCAGGGAAACGCCAGGGAAAGAGCUUUGAACACUUCCCUGGCUGGGAUUUCCAUUGGGAAUUUGGAACCUGAGACCUCCUACGAGUUCCGAAUCGUCGCCUCCAACGAGUUCGGCGCGGGGAAAUCGUCGGAAACUUUGAGGAUUUCCACCAGGAAGGAACUUCAGCUCCCGGGCCCCGUUGAGAAUUUCCGCGCGGCCGCCGCGUCCCCGAGCUCCAUUUUGAUUUUUUGGGAUCCUCCGACGGUUUCUGAGGUUCCCAUCCAAGGGUUUAGAAUUUUCUGGAAGGAGGCAGAGGGGGAAAAAGAGCAGAGUGUGGACGUGGAGGGGCGCUCGUUCAGACUGGAGGGGCUGAAGAAAUUUCUGGAAUAUCAGCUGAGAAUUUUGGCUUUUAACUGGUAUGGAGCUGGGAUUGCAAGUGAGGAGGUGCUGGUCAGAACCCUGUCUGAUGUUCCCAGUGCUGCUCCCAGAAAUGUUUCUUUGGAGGUGGUGAAUUCCAGGUUUAAAUAA